GUCUGCUGAGAGAGAGAAAGUUGUAGAAAAGUCUGACCCUGAAAACCUCCUAGAAUCCAUCACAGAGCUCAGUGUUACAGAAACUGCUGAGAAAUACAAAGCCGAUAUUGCUCAGCUGGAGGAGACACUGAUUAAGAAAGACCAAGAUAUUGAGAUCCUGAGGGAUACCCUCAAAACAAAAGAGGAAUCAUGUAAACUGAUGAAAGAACUUAAUGAAAAGUGUCAAUUGCUUCAAGAAGAAAAAGAGAAAGAGUUGUCUGAGACCAGAGGAAAAUUCCUGAGUAUAAAUGCUGAAAUAGGAGACCUGAAAAAAAAAAUUGUUUUGGAGGAAGGGCAACACAAAAAACUGCUUCAGAAACAUGAGGAG